AUGUCAAUUAAUUUGUAUGCCAGGAUUGUUGAGAUCCCAUUGAUAUCUCAUAGAGACAAACAUGAACUGGAAUUGGACUUCAAGAGAUACUGGGAAGAGUUCCGUUCAUCAAGUUCUGAAAAGGAGAAAGAAAAGGCCUUGAACUUGACUGUAGAUGUUUUCUGUAAAUUAGUGAAGCAGCAUGCUAAUGUAGCUCAGUUAAUUACCAUGUUAGUAGAAACACACAUAUUUUCUUUUGUUGUGGGAAGAGCAUUUGUAACGGAUAUUGAAAAAUUGAAAAUUAGCAGCAAAACAAGAUCUUUGGAAGUUGAGAGAGUAUUAAGCUUUUUUUCGGAAAUUACAAAGGAUGGCAUCAAGCCUGGUUCAAAUUUAUUAGAUGCAGUGGAAGUCCUUGUAUCUGGGCCUAUUGAUAAACAAUCUCUCCUUGAUUCUGGGAUCUUAUGCUGUCUCAUUCUUAUCCUCAACACUCUUUUGGGUCCUGAUGUGGGCAAUAAAGGGAAAAAAGUUACUACUUAUGAGGACACGAUACCAGAGGAUAGAAAUUUUGAUGGUGAUUUAGGACCAGUCCGCCGGCUUGAGGUGGAGGGAAGUGUUGUGCAUAUUAUGAAAGCAUUAGCAAACCAUCCUUCUGCUGCGCAAAGUUUGAUCGAGGACAAUUCACUUCAGUUGCUCUUUCAGAUGGUUGCCAAUGGGUCUUCGAUUGUUUUUUCUCAGUACAAGGAAGAUCUUGUUCCCUUACACACCAUUCAGCUUCAUAGACAUGCAAUGCAGGUGGAGGGAAGUGUUGUGCAUAUUAUGAAAGCAUUAGCAAACCAUCCUUCUGCUGCGCAAAGUUUGAUCGAGGACAAUUCACUUCAGUUGCUCUUUCAGAUGGUUGCCAAUGGGUCUUCGAUUGUUUUUUCUCAGUACAAGGAAGAUCUUGUUCCCUUACACACCAUUCAGCUUCAUAGACAUGCAAUGCAGAUACUUGGUCUUCUUUUGGUUAAUGACAAUGGAAGCACAGCCAACUACAUACACAAGCAUCAUCUGAAACACAGUGAUCUGUGUUCGUUGGAGGAAACCUCAGCAGUUUCAGGGAAAGUGAAGCUCAGGAUGAUUAAAGUACUUUUAAUGGCUGUCAAAGAUUUCAAUCCUGAUUGUGGAGACCCUGCCUACACCGUGGGCAUUGUGGACUUGUUACUUGAGUGUGUGGAGUUGUCAUAUAGACCUGAGGCUGGUGGUAUCAGGCUGAGAGAGGAUAUCCACAAUGCUCAUGGAUAUCAGUUUCUUAUUCAGUUUGCCUUAAGUCUUUCCAAAAGUCAAACUAUUCAGGCUAUCUGUUCUGAUUCCUUGUUGGACCAGAAUUCUGCUUCAAACAGUUUGCAUGCACUUAAUGAUGUUGGAAGACAAGAUGCAAAGGGAGAGGGAGGGGACAACUCACCACAAAAUCUCUCGCCCACACUCUCUAGGUUGCUCGAUGUUCUCGUCAAUCUUGCUCAAACAGGCCCAGCUGAUACUGUAGGUUCAGCUGGCUCCAAAGGUUCCAAAAGUUCUCAUCCCAAUCCUAGUGGCCAUGACAGAAGUCGUACAUUGUCUUCUGACCAGAUAGCUGAUGAAUUUUGGGAGAAGGGCAAUACUAAAGUUAAAGACCUAGAAGCUGUCCAAAUGUUGCAGGACAUUUUUCUCAAAGCAGACAGCAGGGAAUUGCAGGCGGAAGUACUCAAUAGAAUGUUUAAGAUUUUCUCAAGUCAUCUUGAGAACUACAAGUUAUGUCAGCAGCUGCGGACAGUGCCCCUCUUGAUCCUCAAUAUGGCUGGUUUCCCUCCAUCUUUGCAAGAGAUAAUCUUGAAAAUUCUUGAGUAUGCAGUGACUGUUGUGAAUUGCAUACCUGAACAAGAAUUGCUUUCACUUUGCUGCUUGUUGCAGCAACCAAUUACAUCUGAAUUAAAGCACACCAUUUUGUCUUUCUUUGUGAAACUGUUAUCGUUUGAUCAACAAUACAAGAAAGUGCUGCGAGAAGUUGGUGUUCUGGAGGUUUUAUUAGAUGAUCUGAAGCAACACAAGUUUCUUUCAGGCCCAGAUCAGCACCAUGGUGACCCUAAUCAGUUGGAGAGGAAAUCCAGCUCAAUCAGCUUCAAGAAACACUUGGACAGUAAAGAUGCAAUUCUUUCUUCACCCAAACUGUUGGAAUCAGGUUCUGGGAAGUUUCCUCUUUUUGAAGUUGAGGAGACAAUAGUUGUUUCGUGGGAUUGUAUGGUCUCCUUAUUGAAGAAAGCAGAAGUGAAUCAAGUGUCAUUCCGCUCUGCAAAUGGUGUAGCAAUUGUUCUUCCUUUUCUGGUACCUGAUAUUCACCGUCCUGGGGUACUUCGGGUGUUGUCAUGUCUAAUUAUAGAGGAUGCUGCCCAGACCCAUUCAGAGGAAUUGAGUGCACUUGUAGAAAUUCUGAAAAGUGGGAUGGUUACAAGUGUUACGGGAUCUCAAUAUAGACUUCAAGAUGAUGCCAAAUGUGACACUUUAGGAGUCUUAUGGCGCAUUCUUGGGGUUAACAAUUCAGCUCAGAGGAUCUUUGGUGAGGCCACAGGGUUUUCCCUUCUGCUGACUAUGCUUCAUAGUUUUCAGAGUGAUGGAGGGUGCACAAAUCAAUCUUCUCCGAUGUCUUACAUUAAGGUGUUUACGUAUCUGUUGCGUGUAAUGACAGCUGGGGUUUGUGGUAAUGUUGGUAAUAGGACAAAGUUGCAUGCAAUCAUAUCUUCCCAUACCUUUUACGAUCUUCUGUCUGAAUCUGGCCUUAUUAGUGUUGAGUGUGAAAGGCAAGUCAUACAAUUGUUGUUGGAACUUGCCCUUGAGAUUGUGCUUCCACCAUUCUUCUCAGAAACUGAUGCAUCGUCUCAGAUUAUGGAUAAUGGGUCAACCAGUUUUCUUCUGAUUGCACCAUCAGGUUCUCUUGUUCCUGACAAGGAACGGGUGUAUAAUGCUGGUGCAGUUAGAGUACUUAUACGUUCAUUGUUGCUUUUUACACCAAAAGUGCAGUUAGAAGUGCUCAACCUUAUUGAAAAACUUGCUCGUGCUGGUCCCUUUAAUCUGGAAAACCUGACAUCUAUAGGUUGUGUGGAACUUUUACUGGAGACAAUAUACCCUUUCCUUGCGGGUUCAACCCCAUUGCUCUUCCAUGCCUUGAAGAUUGUGGAAGUUCUUGGGGCUUAUAGGUUGUCAGCAGCAGAACUUAGAGUGCUAGUUAGAUAUAUUCUGCAAAUGAGAUUGAUGAAUUCAGGUCGUAUUCUUGUUGAUAUGAUGGAGAAAUUAAUUCUCAAGGAAGAUAUGGCUUCAGAAAAUAUUUCUCUGGCCCCAUUUGUGGAGAUGGACAUGAGCAAGAUUGGGCAUGCUUCUCUUCAAGUGUCACUCGGUGAUAGAUCGUGGCCUCCUGCUGCUGGUUAUUCUUUCGUUUGUUGGUUUCAAUACCGAAAUCUUUUGAAAUCUCAAGCGAAUGUAACAGAAGGUACCAAGGCUGGACUUCCUAAAAGGCAGAGUGCUAGUAAUGGGCAACAUGGGGCAAAUGUUCUCCGUAUAUUUUCUGUUGGGGCAGUAGAAAAUGGAAACACCUUUUAUGCUGAACUUUGCCUUCAGGAAGACGGCGUUCUUGCUCUUGCAACCAGCAACUCUAGCUCCUUGUCAUUUUCAGGGUUAGAAAUGGUGGAAGGCAGGUGGCAUCACCUUGCAGUUGUCCAUAGCAAACCAAAUGCUUUGGCUGGAUUAUUCCAAGCUAGCGUGGCGUAUGUCUAUCUCAAUGGAAAGCUAAAACACACUGGGAAGUUAGGAUAUUCUCUUUCUCCAGCAGGGAAGUCUCUGCAGGUAACCAUAGGGACACCAGUCACUUGUGCAAGGGUUAGUGAUUUAUCGUGGAAACUUCGUAGCUGCUAUCUUUUUGAAGAGGUGCUCACACCAGGUUCUAUUUGUUUCAUGUACAUACUCGGUAGAGGAUACAGGGGGCUCUUCCAAGACACAGAUCUUUUGAGAUUUGUUCCUAACCAGGCUUGCGGUGGGGGUAGUAUGGCCAUCUUAGAUUCUUUAGAUACUGACUUGCCUUUGGCUUCAAAUAUGCAAAAGCCUGAGACUGGUAGCAAGCAAGGGAGCUCUAAGGCAGAUCGUAGUGGAAUUGUUUGGGAUUUGGAAAGACUUGGAAACCUUUCACUACAACUCUCUGGAAAGAAGCUCAUAUUUGCAUUUGAUGGAACAUGUACAGAUGCUUUUCGAGCUACUGGAACUUUGUCUAUGCUCAAUCUUGUUGAUCCAAUGUCAGCUGCUGCUUCUCCUAUUGGGGGUAUACCACGCUUUGGACGUCUUCUUGGAGAUAUCUAUGUAUGCAAGCAAUGUGUGAUUGGUGAUAGCAUCCGCGCAGUUGGUGGGAUGGCUGUUGUCCUAGCUCUUGUUGAAGCUGCUGAAACCAGGGAUAUGCUGCAAAUGGCCUUGACAUUGCUUGCAUGUGUACUUCAUCAGAAUCCGCAGAAUGUGAGAGAUAUGCAAACAUGCAGAGGAUACCAUUUGCUUGCUAUCUUUCUGCAUCGCAGAAUGUCAUUGUUUGACAUGCAAUCACUUGAGAUUUUUUUCCAGAUUGCUGCGUGUGAGGCUUCUUUUUCUGAACCUAAGAAACUGGAACAUAGUCGGAGCACUCCGUCCCCUGCUGUAGCUAUGCAUGAAGCCAGCUUCGAGGAUCUUAAUUUGUCAAAGUUCCAAGACGAAUUCUCUUCAGUCGGAUCUCAUGGAGACAUGGAUGAUUUUUCUGCACAAAAAGAUUCCUUUAGUCAUAUUUCAGAGCUUGAAAAUACUGACACGCUAACUGAAACAUCAAAUUGCAUCGUCCUGUCAAAUGCUGAUAUGGUUGAGCAUGUCUUGUUGGACUGGACCUUAUGGGUAAUGGCACCAAUUCCAAUUCAAAUUGCUCUACUGGGCUUUCUUGAGCAUUUGGUCUCCAUGCAUUGGUACAGGAAUCAUAACCUUACUAUUUUGCGCCGAAUUAACCUGGUUCAACAUUUACUAGUAACUCUGCAGAGGGGAGAUGUUGAAGUUCCUGUUUUGGAAAAAUUGGUUGUGCUGCUAGGAGUCAUCUUAGAAGAUGGGUUUCUUGCUUCUGAACUAGAACAUGUGGUUAGGUUUGUGAUUAUGACCUUUCAUCCACCUGAAUUGACAUCGCGUCAUGAAAUUAUGAGAGAAUCCAUGGGGAAGCAUGUUAUUGUAAGGAAUAUGUUGCUUGAGAUGCUAAUUGAUCUGCAAGUGACCAUUAAAGCAGACGAUUUGCUUGAGCAGUGGCAUAAAAUUGUCUCAUCCAAAUUGAUAACUUAUUUUCUUGAUGAAGCUGUUCAUCCCACUAGUAUGAGAUGGGUCAUGACUCUGCUUGGCGUGUGUCUUGCCUCUUCUCCUACAUUCACUCUUAAAUUUAAAACCAGUGGAGGUUAUCAAGGUUUGGCUCGGGUGCUUCCAAGUUUUUAUGAUUCCCCCGAUAUAUAUUAUAUUCUGUUUUGCCUGAUAUUUGGAAAGCCUGUUUAUCCAAGAUUACCUGAAGUUCGUAUGCUAGACUUUCAUGCCAUUAUCCCAAGUGAUGGAAAUUAUGGAGAGUUGAAAUUUGUAGAACUGUUGGAUUCUGUGAUUGCUAUGGCUAAAUCUACAUUUGAUAGGUUGUGCAUGCAGUCAUUGCUUGCCCAUCAGUCAGGCAACCUUUCCCACGAUGGUGUUGGCCUUGUGGCAGAGCUUGUGGAAGGAAAUACAGACUUGGCUGGAGAGCUUCAGGGUGAAGCUCUGAUGCACAAAACAUAUGCUGCUCGCCUAAUGGGUGGAGAGGCUUCAGCUCCUGCUGCUGCAACUUCAGUCCUCAGAUUCAUGGUUGAUCUUGCAAAAAUGUGCCCUCCUUUCUCUGCUGUUUGCAGACGAGCUGAAUUUCUUGAGAGCUGUAUUGACCUUUAUUUUUCCUGUGUUAGGGCUGCUCAUGCGGUAAAGAUGGCAAAAGAACUCUCUGUGAAAACAGAAGACAAGAACUCAGAUGAUUGCGAUGAUACCAGCAGCUCGCAGAAUACAUUCUCGAGCUUGCCCCAUGAACAGGAACAGUCUGUCAAAACCUCCAUUAGUAUGGGGAGCUUCCCUCAAGGACAGGUGAGUACAAGUUCUGAAGAUAUGCCGGCUGCCUUAAGUGAAAUGGAUGGUAAUAAAGCAGAGCGAAGAAUUACUACAUCCCAGCAGGAAGCAAACAAAUCAUUGCAAGAUGGCACACAAGCUGUUCGAAGUUUGGUUGUUGAAGCAGUCGACCCGGUGUCCACUGCCACAUCCAGCAAGAGAAGAAUUACUACAUCCCAGCAGGAAGCAAACAAAUCAUUGCAAGAUAGCACACAAGCUGUUCGAAGUUUGGUUGUUGAAGCAGUCGACCAGGUGUCCACUGCCACAUCCAGCAGUAAUGAGUUCAGUUUCCGUGACAUCAAAGGCACGCUGGACCCUGUUCAACAUGCGGAUUCACAAAGUUCUGCGUCCUUAACCAUAUUUGAUUCUCCCCUUUUGUCUGAAAGAUCUAGUUCCAGGGUCCAACUCACACCUUCUUCAUCUCCAGUUUUAGCAUUGACAUCUUGGUUUGGUGGUGGCAGUCAUAACGAAUCAAAAGCUCAAUUAGCUGCCUCUCCUUCCAUGGAGUCUUCGUUAUCUAGGAGUGAAUUUGAUUCGUCUUCAGACUUGAAGUCCAAUUUUCAAGGAUCAUAUGCUGCAAACACAUUUUUUGCGGUUAAUCCAAUGCUACUUCUUGAUUUGGAUGAUUAUGGCUACGGGGGUGGUCCUUGUUCUGCAGGAGCUACUGCUAUUUUAGAUUUUAUGGCAGAAGUUCUUUCUGACAUUUUAACUGAGCAGAUGAAAGCAGCAUUGGUCAUAGAGAGUAUUUUGGAAAGUGUUCCUUUGUACCUUGAUUCUGAAUCUGUGUUAGUUUUUCAAGGUUUGUGUCUUAGUAGAUUGAUGAACUUUCUUGAAAGGCGUCUCUUGCGUGAUGAUGAGGAAAAUGAGAAAAAGCUAGAUAAGAGCCGCUGGUCUGCAAACUUGGAUGCAUUGUCCUGGAUGGUCGUAGAUCGUGUAUAUAUGGGUGCCUUUCCUCAGCCUGCUGGUGUGAUGAAGACUCUGGAGUUCUUGUUGUCUAUAUUGCAGUUGGCAAACAAAGAUGGUCGGAUUGAAGAAGCAGCUCCCACUGGAAAAGGGCUCCUAUCUAUAGGAAGAGGAAGCAGGCAACUUGAUGCUUAUAUACAUGCACUUCUUAAAAAUAUGAAUAGAAUGAUAUUGUAUUGUUUCCUCCCGUCAUUCUUGAGGAAUAUAGGAGAAGAUGAUCUUCUUUCACGCUUAGGUUUGCAAAUUGAACCGAAGAAGAGGUGGUCGUCGAGCACCUCACAAGAAGAUACGGGGAUAGAUAUAUGUACGGUUUUACAAUUACUAGUAGCUCAUAGGCGAAUAAUAUUCUGCCCGAGCAAUCUUGAUACGGAUCUAAACUGCUGUCUUUGCAUAAAUUUAAUCUCUCUUCUCCGUGAUCAGAGACGAAACACUCAGAACAUGGCAGCUGAGGUUAUCAAGUAUCUUCUGGUGCAUCGCAGGGCUGCAUUAGAAGACUUUCUUGUCUCUAAACCAAACCAAGGCGUGCAUCUGGAUGUUCUACAUGGUGGUUUUGACAAACUUCUGACUCAUAGUUUAUCUGCUUUUUUUGAGUGGCUUCAUAGUUGUGAACAGGUUGUCAAUAAAGUACUGGAACAGUGUGCUGCCAUUAUGUGGGUGCAGUAUAUUGGUGGGUCAGCGAAGUUUCCUGGAGUUAGAAUAAAGGGAAUGGAUAGUCGCCGUAAGAGAGAAAUGGGGAGAAAAUCACGCGACACUUCAAAGUUAGACCAAAGACACUGGGAGCAAGUUAAUGAACGAAGAAUUGCCCUUGAAUUGGUUCGUGAUGCUAUGUCUACUGAACUGAGAGUAGUUCGUCAAGAUAAGUAUGGAUGGGUACUCCAUGCUGAAAGUGAGUGGCAAGCACAUCUCCAACAACUUGUACAUGAGCGUGGUAUAUUCCCAUUGAGUAGAUCCUCCGUGAGUGAAGAUCCGGAAUGGCAGCUUUGCCCCAUCGAAGGCCCUUAUAGAACGCGAAAAAAGCUUGAUCGGUGCAAACUGAAGAUUGAUACAAUCCAAAAUGUUUUGAAUGGCGAUUUUGAAUUAGGGGAAAUUGGGUUGUUAAAAGAGAAAAAUGAGAAUGAUCUCGGUGCUUCUGAUGCUGAGUCUGAUUAUUUUUACAAUCUUCUGACUGAGAAUGCGAAACAGGAUUCCUUUGAUGGUGAGCUGUAUGAUGAAACUAUUUUCAAAGAAUCAGAUGAUGUCCAAGAUGCAGCCUCUAGUAGGACUGGUUGGAAUGAUGACAGGGAUAGCAGUAUAAAUGACGCAAGUCUUCACUCUGCUGCUGAAUUUGGUGUGAAGUCCAGUGCAGUACCCAUUUCAAAAGCAGAAAGCAUACAAGGAAAAUCUGAUCUAGGAUCUCCGAGGCAGUCUUCUUCAGUGAAAAUUGACGAGGUGAAAGUGAUAGAGGAUAAAAUGGAUAAGGAACUGAAUGAUAAUGGUGAAUACUUAAUUAGACCUUACCUGGAGCCUUUUGAAAAGAUAAAGCAUAAAUAUAACUGUGAAAGAGUGGUAGGUCUUGAUAAGCAUGAUGGUAUAUUUUUUAUUGGAGAGCUUUCUUUGUAUGUUAUCGAGAACUUCUACAUUGAUGAUUCUGGGUGCAUAUGUGAAAAGGAAUGUGAAGAUGAGCUCUCUAUUAUUGAUCAGGCUUUGGGUGUAAAGAAAGAUUUGUCUUGCAGUAUGGAUUCCCAUUCUAAGUCAACUUCAUCCUGGGGUGCGACGGUUAAGGCAUACGUUGGGGGAAGGGCUUGGGCCUAUAAUGGGGGUGCAUGGGGGAAGGAAAAGGUGUGCACUAGUGGUAAUGUUCCCCAUCUUUGGCAUAUGUGGAAGCUUAACAGUGUUCAUGAGAUUUUGAAGCGUGAUUACCAGUUACGUCCUGUUGCAAUUGAGAUAUUUAGCAUGGAUGGAUGUAAUGAUCUCCUGGUUUUCCACAAGAGAGAGAGAGAAGAAGUUUUCCGAAAUUUGGUGGCUAUGAAUCUGCCAAGAAAUAGCAUGUUGGACACUACGAUUUCAGGAUCAGUGAAACAAGAAAGCAACGAAGGCAGCCGUCUUUUUAAAUCUAUGGCUAGAUCCUUCUCCAAGAGGUGGCAAAAUGGAGAAAUUAGCAAUUUCCAAUACCUCAUGCACCUCAAUACACUUGCAGGACGUGGAUACAGUGAUCUCACCCAGUAUCCAGUCUUUCCAUGGAUUCUUGCAGAUUAUGAGAGUGAAAAUCUUGACUUUUCAUAUCCUAAAACAUUCCAUUAUGAGAGUGAAAAUCUUGACUUUUCAGAUCCUAAAACAUUCCGUAAGCUUGACAAGCCUAUGGGUUGUCAGACACAAGAGGGCGAAGAGGAAUUCAAGAAAAGAUAUGAGAGCUGGGAUGAUCCAGAAGUUCCCAAAUUUCAUUAUGGUUCUCACUAUUCCAGUGCUGGGAUUGUCCUCUUCUAUCUUCUUCGCUUGCCACCAUUUAGUGCUGAAAAUCAGAAGCUGCAAGGUGGACAAUUUGAUCAUGCUGAUCGUCUUUUCAACAGUGUACGGGAUACAUGGUUAAGCGCUGCUGGGAAAGGGAACACGUCAGAUGUGAAGGAACUGAUUCCAGAAUUCUUUUAUUUGCCCGAAUUUGUGGAAAAUCGGUUCGAUCUUGACUUGGGAGAGAAACAAUCCGGAGAGAAGGUUGGUGAUGUGUUGUUACCUCCAUGGGCCAAAGGCAGUGCUAGAGAGUUCAUCAGGAAGCAUAGGGAAGCAUUGGAAUCUGAUUAUGUCUCAGAAAAUUUGCAUCACUGGAUAGACCUGAUCUUUGGAUAUAAACAGAGAGGAAAGGCUGCUGAAGAGGCUAUGAAUGUUUUCUAUCAUUAUACAUAUGAGGGGAGUGUUGACAUUGACUCAGUUGCCGAUCCUGCAAUGAAAGCUUCCAUUCUAGCACAAAUAAAUCAUUUUGGGCAAACACCGAAACAGCUGUUCCUCAAGCCUCAUGGGAAAAGGCGAUCUGACAGAAAGCUUCCUCUUCAUCCACUUAAGCACACCAUGCAUCUUGUACCACAUGAGAUCCGUAAGAACUCAUCUUGUAUAUCGCAGAUCAUUACUCUCAAUGACAAGAUUCUUACAGCGGGAACAAAUAACUUGCUUAAACCAAGAACAUACACUAAAUAUGUUGCAUGGGGUUUCCCAGAUCGUAGCUUGAGAUUUAUGAGCUAUGAUCAAGAUAGGCUUCUCUCUACUCAUGAGAAUCUCCAUGGAGGCAACCAGAUCCAAUGUGCCAGUGUUAGCCAUGAUGGUCAGGUUCUGGCUACCGGGGCAGAUGAUGGGUUGGUUUGUGUAUGGAGGAUCGGCAAUGAUGGACCCCGUGCCCUAAGACACCUUCUGUUGGAGAAGGCACUUUGUGCUCACGCAGGCAAAAUCACUUGUCUUCACGUUUGCCAGCCUUACAUGAUGAUUGUAAGUGGGUCAGAUGACUGCACUGUGAUUAUAUGGGAUCUCAGCUCUUUGGUUUUUGUGAGGCAGCUUCCUGAGUUCCCGUCACCAGUUUCAGCAAUAUAUGUGAAUGACUUGACGGGGGAAAUUGUGACUGCGGCUGGUGUCAUUCUUGCUGUUUGGAGCAUUAAUGGGGACUGCCUAGCAGUUGUCAACACAUCACAACUCCCUUCUGAUUUCAUUCUCUCGGUGACAAGUUCUAUGUUUUCUGAUUGGCUUGAAACCAACUGGUAUUUGUCUGGUCACCAAAGUGGAGCCAUAAAGGUUUGGCAAAUGGUUCACUGCUCCGAUGAGGUGAGUGCUCAAAUCAAGCUGAACGGAAAUCCAACUGGAGGCUUAGGGCUGGGUGGUAAAGCACCUGAGUACAGGUUAAUACUUCACAAGGUGCUAAAAUUUCAUAAGCAUCCAAUAACUGCUCUUCAUCUUACAAGUGAUCUAAAACAGUUGCUUAGUGGGGAUUCUAGCGGUCAUUUGUUUUCAUGGACACUACCAGAUGACAGCUUUAGAAAUUCAAUACAUAAGGGGUGAUCGUGGAAGUUGACAUUGAGCGCUUGAUAUUACGUUCGUGGUCUAGUUGGGUCAGCUAUUGUUUCUCUAUCCAAUCCCUUGAUGGGUCAUUACGUCCAACCUCCUCUCUGGGAAAGAAAGGAUUUGUGAUUUCAUGGGAAUAGCAAGAGAAAGAGCUGGCCUGGAUUGAGUCGGGGAACAGAAAACGAUGAGAAGGAAAAAGAACCUCUCGUCUGCUUCCAUUGCAUUUUGAGAACCUGUGGAGCCUGUGACCCUCCAUGUUAAUAGGGCCUUACAUGUCAGCUUAUGACUUUCAGGCGAGCUAAUGGGGUUUUGAUUUUGCACUGGAGUUGUCGGUCUGUCUCCUAGGUUUUGUUGUAUAUAGAAAGAGGUGGAUGACAGUGUAUAAUGAAGUUGUUUAUCAGAAAGUGUUUGCUCGGAGUGGAACGUUGGGUGUAAUUGGUCUGGUGAGUUUGAACGAGAGGGACAACUCAUUGGUUGAGCGGGGGUGAUUUCAAUAGGGCAAUUGCGCCCCAUUUUUUGUUGGUGAAUGCGCAAGUCUCUCCCCAUGUAUGAUCAAUUAUCUGGUGCGAGUGAAAUGAAUUUCCCCAUGUUCCUAACGCGCUGACACAGAGGUAUAAUUAUUCAUUUUGAAGGUUGGGAUUUUUCCUAUUUUCUUUAUCCUUGUUGAAGUUGCUCAGGAGUUGCGACAUGCCCUUCUGUUCCCGAAAAUAGAAAAACUUUUUCUCGAAAACUAAUAUAGAUGGUUUCUUUCUCUCUCUUGUAUUCAGUUAAGAUUUCUCGAAUUGAAGAGGAUCUGUAGUGUAUAGAUAAUGGGCAGUGCCAAUAAAUAUAGAUGAAAAAGGAGAAAGAGAAGAAAGAACAAAGAUUGACACAAUGCAUG